AUGAAAUUCUUCUUCUUCUUUUUGUUAGCAGCACUUGGCACACAAGCCGAGCCGAUCACGCUAACGAGUGUCGAUGGAUCGUAUCUCAUUCACGGGAUGAGAUUGAGAAGGGCACAGGACCUCGUCGUGACAGCCGAUUGCACAGAUUGCACAAUUUACGUGCAAUUGUGGGCAAACGAUUCGAGACUCACCGAUUUCGUUGUCAAAGAUGCGGCCGGAUUGAGUGUCUCAUCCAAAGAACUAACCGGUCGCUAUUUUGGCCCGAAUGUGACAGUGGAUUUGGACAAAAACACGAAUUACCUCUUCGCCCUCUCAUUCACUCGAUCCACAGAAAAAUCAAAAACCGCAGAUCGCAAUUUCCCGCACACGAUUCUCGUGCUCGAGGACAAUGGCAGCUUCAAUUCAGCGGUGAAAGCCACCAACACACAGCAAGCCUACUCCUACAUUUCGCCAAAUACCCAAGCCACUUUCACAGCCACAGUCAACGAUUUGUCAACGAAUUGCACAAUCGAUUUCUUCAUUUCGGGUAUUCCGGGCGAUGCCGGUCGACAGAAAUACCUUCUCUACGAUUUCAACUCGACAACCCUGCCAACGUAUCGCAAAAGCGUCGUGCGCACUCCAGCAGCCACCUUCAUCAUUCCGCCCAAUUGCCAGGCCACUCUCGUCGUCACAACGGAAUUGGACAACACCGAUAAACUCGUGCCAACGGCUUCCGGUUUUAUGAUGAGCCCAGAGUAUCCGGGGAACUUCGCCGCUUCCGUGCUGGACACUCAUCCAAGUCUGUCGAUGAACGCCUCAUGGAGUGAUGAAGCCAUUGUCGUUUUCGAGGUCAUCAGCUCUGAUCCGGGUACCUCGGGAUCUUUGGUGCUUUUCGCGGGGAACAUCGAGCAAAAUUUCACCAAGCCAAUCACAAAAGUAGAGGAUGUCGGCGGUCUGGGAAAACAGCUAAAGGUGAUGUGGACUCCCGACAAAGACACUAAAAGCGGAUUUCUAUUGAGAUAUGUAGUCGUCAAAGACGAGAAACCACCAAAAGACAAAGGAGCCGCAAACAUUUUACCAUUUAUCUCAUCAUUUUUCGUUUUGUUUUUCACUCUUGCUCGCGUUAUG